UAGAUACUCGAAGAGUUAGUUUAGAUUUAGCUAAAAAUAUAGCUCGAUCUAAGAAUGGCAAAUGUUUAUCAGAUAAGUAUAUUAAUAUUCAUACUCCAUUGCAAUGGAGAUGCCAUCAAGGACAUAUUUGGCAUGCAGUAUUAAAUUCAAUAAAAAAUCAAAAUUCAUGGUAUCCUCAAUGUGCAGAACGUUUUAAACUUGAUAUUAAUAUUGCUAAAGAAAUUGCUUUUAAAAAAGAUGGAAAAUGUUUGUCUGAAAAAUAUACUAAUAUUACAUCUCCACUUUUAUGGGAAUGUAAUAAAGAGCAUCAAUGGAGUAAUACAAAACUCUCCAUUGAUGAAGCUAGAAAAAUUGCGACUAAAAAUAAAGGAUUAUGUCUUUCUGAAAUAUAUAAUGGCCCACCAUCUGAUAUUCGUAGACCAGAUUUCUUAAAAACACCUAAUCACCUAUUAGGACUUGAGCUUAAUAUAUAUUAUCCACAAUAUGGGUUUGCUAUUGAAGUUCAAG